AAUAUAAAUAAUGGUUUCAAGUCGGCCACGGGCCACCUUCUCCAAAAGGCAAGAGACUAGAGACCAGAGCUAAUUAUCGGAAGCGAAUUUCGGAGAAAUGGCGAUGGCGAAUAUCGCUCGGCGAAAAUCCACCGCUCUCUUUUCAUCAUCAUCAAAGCAUCUUUCCCACAACACCAAAUACUCUUCGAUUUUUAGCAGGGGAUUCGCUUCUGGAUCUGAUGAAAACGAUGUCGUCGUCAUAGGCGGCGGGCCCGGUGGUUACGUCGCCGCUAUCAAGGCGGCACAGCUCGGCCUCAAAACCACGUGCAUCGAGAAGCGCGGAGCUCUCGGCGGUACUUGCCUCAACGUUGGUUGCAUUCCUUCCAAGGCAUUGCUUCAUUCGUCUCAUAUGUAUCAUGAAGCUAAGCAUUCAUUUGCCAGUCAUGGUGUGAAGAUUGCUGGUGUUGAGGUUGAUCUACCGGCCAUGAUGGCCCAAAAAGAUAAAGCUGUCGGUAACUUGACUAAAGGUAUUGAGGGUCUAUUGAAGAAGAACAAGGUCACCUAUGUCAAGGGGUAUGGCAAGUUCCUUUCCCCUUCUGAAAUUUCAGUUGAUACUCUAGAAGGUGGUAACACGAUCGUGAAAGGGAAGAACAUCAUUAUAGCUACUGGCUCUGAUGUCAAAGGCCUACCUGGUAUAACCAUUGAUGAAGAGAGAAUCGUAUCAUCUACCGGUGCUUUAGCCUUGAAAGAAAUCCCAAAGAAACUCGUAGUUAUAGGUGCUGGCUAUAUUGGUCUUGAGAUGGGCUCUGUGUGGGGUCGCCUAGGGUCAGAAGUGACAGUUGUCGAGUUUGCAUCAGACAUUGUUCCAACCAUGGACGGUGAAAUCCGGAAACAAUUUCAACGCUCCCUCGAGAAGCAAAAGAUGAAAUUCAUGCUUAAAACAAAGGUCGUUUCUGUUGACAGCACUGGCAAUGGUGUAAAGCUGACCCUCGAACCAGCAGCUGGUGGUGAUCAGACCACCCUCGAGGCCGAUGUUGUUCUUGUUUCUGCCGGUAGAACUCCAUUUACAUCUGGGCUCCAAUUGGAUAAGAUAGGAGUUGAAACCGACAAGGCUGGUCGGAUUUUGGUGAAUGAUCGGUUUGCCACAAAUGUACAAGGUGUAUAUGCCAUUGGUGAUGUCAUUCCUGGGCCAAUGUUGGCUCACAAGGCUGAGGAGGAUGGUGUUGCGUGCGUGGAGUAUAUUGCUGGCAAGCAAGGCCAUGUGGACUACGAUUUGGUACCUGGGGUUGUGUACACACACCCGGAGGUGGCAUCUGUAGGGAAAACCGAGGAGCAGGUGAAAGCGCUAGGAGUUGAAUAUCGCGUGGGCAAGUUCCCUUUCUUGGCCAAUAGCAGGGCAAAGGCAAUUGACGAUGCUGAGGGAAUUGUGAAGAUACUUGCUGAGAAAGAAACAGACAGGAUUUUGGGUGUUCACAUUAUGUCACCAAAUGCAGGGGAGCUUAUACACGAGGCUGUUUUGGCAUUGCAUUACGGAGCAUCUAGUGAAGACAUUGCUCGCACAUGCCAUGCUCAUCCGACAAUGAGUGAGGCGUUGAAGGAGGCUGCCAUGGCUACCUAUGACAAGCCCAUUCACAUUUAGAAAGGUAAUAAACAUUUUUUAUUUAAUGAGUUUUGAGUUGGUGUUUUGAGAGUUUCAAGACUCAAACUAGCUAGCAUAGUUUGUUUGGCUGUGAUCAACAAUGAUUUCACUUUCGAGUUAAAUGCUCUUCUGAUGAAGAUUUAUUAUUAAGUAAUAAUAAAACCAUGAAUAUGUGUACAUUUUUGGAGCUUAUUAUAAAGAUUCGUGCUUUGAGAUGCGAAAUAAAAUUUUCUCACUUUCUGUUAAUACCCUUUUAAUUGGGUUA